AGGAUCAGGGGGUUAACGCAGAGGUAGAGAGGACGGACGGUGAGGUUGCAUGGUACGUGUUGGCCGGGAGGUGAACUGGAUGUUACUCAACAGAUUAUAAUCCCACCGUGUGAUCUGAGCGCUAUGGCUUCAGUGAGAGUCGCAGUCCGAGUCCGACCCCUGAGCAAAAGAGAAAAACAGUUGGCAUCAAAGGUGAUAAUCCACACAAAUGGGCACACCGCAACUAUUGUCAAUACCAAGCUUUCACCCAGUGGUAUUCUCAGGAACGGAUUGAAGGAGAGAGGAAAGAGCUUUUCUUUUGAUUUCUCCUAUGACUCAUCUGAUAGAGGAAACCCCAGUUUUGCAUCCCAGGAGAAGAUUUUUCAAGACUUGGGCGCUGAGGUGCUUAAAGCUGUGUUUGAGGGUUUCAAUGCCUGUGUGUUUGCCUAUGGCCAGACAGGCACAGGGAAAUCCUACACCAUGAUGGGACACACUGGAGAUAAGGGUUUAAUCCCACGUAUCUGUGAAGGCUUGUUCUGCGAAAUGUCCCAGAGAAACAAGAGUGAUGAACUGUCGUUUCGCACAGAGGUCAGCUAUUUGGAGAUCUACAAUGAACGUGUCCAGGACCUUCUCCAGAGGGAAACUGCACCCGUAGACAGCGGAGGCUUGAGGGUGAGAGAGCACCCGAGGGACGGCCCUUAUGUAGAGAAUCUGUCCAAGCACCUUGUGCAUAGCCACAGUGACAUGGAGGAGCUGAUUAUUUUGGGGAAUGCCAACCGCACCACGGCCAGCACGGGCAUGAAUGACGUCAGCAGUCGCUCCCAUGCCAUCUUCACCAUCAGCUUCACCCAGGCACGGUUUGACGCAGAGCUGCCAUGUGAGAUGCUGAGUAAGAUCCACCUGGUAGACCUGGCAGGCAGUGAGAGAGCUGAUGCCACACGCACCACAGGCACCAGGCUGAAGGAAGGUGCCAACAUCAACAAAUCCCUGGUCACCCUGGGCAGUGUGAUAUCAGCUCUGGCUGAUCUGAGUGAAGGGGGGCAGACGGCAAAGAAGAAGCACAUCUUCGUUCCCUACAGAAACUCUGUGCUCACAUGGCUUCUUAAAGAUAGCCUGGGUGGAAACUCAAAGACUAUAAUGAUAGCAAUGAUGGCAGCCAUUUCUCCUGCUGAUGUGAACUAUGCAGAGACGCUGAGCACUUUACGCUACGCCAGCCGAGCGAAGGCCAUCGUGAACUCACCUGUGGUGAAUGAAGACUGCAGCGUCAGGUUGAUCAGGGAGCUGCAGGCAGAGAUUGCCAGGCUCCAAAGGCUGAUAGAGGAAGCCAGUCAGGUUUCCCGUGAGAACCCGACUGCGUCUUUGAAGGUAGAAGAGAGGCUGCAUCAGAAUGAGGCAAAGGAGGAAACGCUGGCUCUGAGGAAGGAGGGGAGUGGAGUCAUCCUGGACUGCCAGCUUCCCCAUCUGAUUGGCAUCGAUGAAGACCUGCUCAGCACUGGCAUUAUCCUCUAUCAUUUGAAAGAGGGCAGAACCCUGAUUGGCCGAAGUGAAGCAUCAUGUCGGCAGGAUAUCGCGCUCCACGGGCCUGGGCUGCUGAGUGAACACUGUGUGCUUGAGAACUGUGCCGGGACCGUGAGUCUGAUCCCUCAGAGCGGUGCACUGUGCUCAGUCAACGGGACGGCAGUAACUCAUCCCUGCACGCUGACUCAGGGUGCCAUCUUACAGCUAGGGAGAGGGACCAUGUUCCGCUUUAACCACCCUGUAGAGGCCGCCCAGCUCAGAGAGAAGCGCAAGAGGGGGCUGCUGUCUGCCUUCAGCCUGUCCAUGACCGACAUGUCCAAGUCUACUGAGAACCUGUCCAGGGUAAUGCUGCUCAAUCCAAGUUUCAUUAGGAGGCUGGAGGAGAAGCACAGCCAGGAGGAGGUGGAGUGGCAGCAUGUCCAGGACAGCCUGCGCAGACACAUCCAGGACAUCAAAACACCUCCGAGGCUGCAGCGUGGGACGCCUGAUCAACAGAGGGCAGGAGAGGAGACGGAGGGGAGAGAGAUGGAUGAGACCAGCUGUGGCAGGAUGGACAGGAUUGCUGCUGUGACUGCCGACUCUAGACUCCCAAGCAGCUCUGCACCCUCUGCCUCACCGGAGAAGUGCAUGACCAUGGACAUGCCUGGGAAAUGUCCUGUCUCUCACGCUAGUUUUGAAGUGGAUGGAGAUACACUGCAGGGUGGGAUAAGCACCAGGGAUGGUCAGGAGCAGGAAAGGGACUCAUCUCAUAAAUCAGGGCCAGGGCUUAUGUCUGAGAGGCUGUGGAAGAGAGGUGAGAUUGGGGCUAGAAUUGAAAGUUAUGGGGGAGGGGGGCUUUUUUCAGGGGAUGCCAGCCUCCAGCAGACAAGUGUCCUGGGCCUGGGUGAUGGAUGUGGCGUGGAGCCGGAGGGGAAUGCUAACAAGAGCCAUGGUGUUGUGGCUGACGGCUACAAGGGGAGCACUGGCUCUAGUGGGAGCUCAUUAGGCAGCGUGUCCCACCUGCAGAGCACCGGAGGAGAUAGCUUCAGGUCUGUCCUCCCACUGACGAGUGCUCGUUCUGAGCUCUCCAAAAAGACACACAGCGCUCAGGCAGCCUGCUGUCCACCCGAGGAAACUGUCUUUGAGGACCAGUCCAGCUGUGAAGAGAUUGAUGAAUCCAGGGGUUCAGAGGAGAUCCUGGGAGAGUGUGAAGCAGAGACUGCAGCUCAGAACACAAGACAGGGCUCUCUGGUCAAUAGGGUUUCUUGGAUGGUCCAAGAAGCCGCCUCCAGAGGCGUGAAUUGCCUCUGGAGCUCUCCUAUGGUGUUGCAGCAGGUCAGGGAGGAAGGGCUACAGCCUGUUGGGGCACGCUGGUACAGUCAGGUAGUCUCUCUGGUCAGAGGGAGCCAAGUCCUCUCUGCAGUGAAGGAGAGUCACGUCCUCUCCCUAGUCAAAGAGAGUCACAUCUUCUCUUUGCUAAAGGACAGCUACAUGUUCUCCUUAGUGAAAGAACUGCCACUCAUACAAUACAUCAAGGUGGAGCUAACACAAAACUGUCAACCAGAGGAGGUAGCCAGGACAAUUCAGGCCAACACCAGCCCAGACACAGCCUUAACCAACCUCCCAGCACCGUCCCGUGCCAAGGCAGUAGAAUUGUCACAAAAUCCAUCUCAGGUCCAAGAUGUGGGGUCAAGGGAUCAGAGUGUAGAGUUAAAACAACAGGAUAUGGCUGAUAUUCAUUUAAAACAAGGGGAGAGCGUGAUGAAGGAACUGGCUUUCACAGCUCACCGCAGCCCUAAGCCGAAGCCACAGGCUAGCCAUACACCUGUAGACAAGGAUCUUCAAACUGCUGCUGAGCAGUCACUGAGGUACUCAGUGACUAUGCAGAUGACUGAAAAUGUGCAGAACUUCUGUCAAAAGCUGGUAGAGUUCCCUGAUGCUCUUGCGAACUUGCAAUCUUUGCCCCUGCGAGAAGUGAUAGACUCUUUACAGUCUGUCAUCUCCACCUCAGUGUUCACCUCCCAGAGGACUGUGGCCCUCUACUGGCUGAGAGUGGCUAAAUGCAGCCAACCACAGCCCUGUCCUGCUCUCUUGAUCCUGAAGGAGUCUGGUCUCUACACCCUGACCUCUGACCCAGGGUGUCUUGUGCUAUUCCAUCACCUCCCUUUGCUGCAACUGAAAGAGAUCCAGAUAGGCUUAGCAGGCCAGACUCUACGUUUGAUGGGCACUACAGAGGAGAGCAUCCUGGGGAUCUACACUCACAGCCAGAAGCUAACCAAAGAGCUGUGCCGUGCCAUACUUGAUCUAGUCUGCCUGGGGGACAGCAGGGUCUCUCAGCACCCACUGCUCCAAGGAGACUUGAAAGGGAUGUCUCUAGGCUGGCAGGCUUAUAUUCCUGACCUGCUGUUAGAUGCUGGUUUGAGGGUCUGCUGCCAGUUUCAGAAGACUCUUGCUGAUUUGGUUUACCUUCUUCACGGUAACAUGGGCAAUCAAGAAAAGCCCAGUAUGGGACAGGUGCGGCUACUACUGUACUCUAGUGUCCGGCUGUGCAUUAGCCCCAACACUGACAUUGAGCCAUUAGCCCAGCUUGUCCUUACUGAUACUCACCUAGGCCUGGUGCAGGAGGACAUCAUCUUUCACCCCGCUCCUUGCUCUGUCCAUGUUGAGCCCCGCAACACCCAAUUCCGCAACUUAACUCUUCGUCCUCGUUCAGAUGUCCGAUGUGUGCUUGUGCAUGAUGUAGAUAAGAUUGGAAGUACCAGACUAGAUGUUUUCCUGGCAACGGUAGGGGCCAAAGGUCACCCUGAAAGGGUGACUAAGGCAGCUAUCCCUCCUGUCCAUGCCUCUAAUUCAUCUCCCCAUGCAGAAGUGUGGAAAUUAACUUUCGGUUGUUCCACUGAGGCUGCCUGCCUGAUUAAUCACUUGUCAGAUGUCUGAUCAAGGACUGAACAGCCAAUAAUGAACAGCCCAGCCAGGAAUCUCUCACUCAGAGGGAGCCAUGGGCGUAGUGCAUCCCAGACAAACCAUGCAAGAUAGCUUCAUAAUGACAUGACAACAUUCAUAUGAAUAUUAUGACCUUGGUUGAAUUUUCUGUGUUGAUUAUUUUCUAGACACUUGUCAUUUUAAUCUUAGAUUGAUGUUGCACUUGUAAGUUUUACUCUAAAACGCUUGAUAUUCUGUUCUGUUCUGUUGCUUUUUACCAGACACUCUCCUGUAAUUUUUCAUGUUAAAAAGAGUUUGUUAGCUGACUGUGGAAUGCUGUUUUUGUUAAGGAUGUCAGAGGACUGAAACUUCAGUAUUGUAAACUCAAGGACAGAAAACAUGCAUAUCACUACCCCAUCUAUUACCAGUUUCAUUUGUUUCAUGGAAAUUGUAUUUUUUUAAGGAUUUUACAUUGCAUCUCACCAAACACUUGUACUUAAAUUACCAAUGUUAAAGUUUUGCCAAUGAUAUUUUAUAAACAUUAUAUUUAAAAUAACAAUGUUGAAAUGGAUAAAUGUAAUAAUAAAAUGAAUUUAAAACGC